AACCUCAACAUUCAGCGUUCGCAAUAAUGGGCAAACGAAAGGUCCCUAAGGAUAUCGAGGCCGGAGAUAUGGAAAUGGGUUGUGGGGGAGAGGAGAAUAACAACUCCGAUUCAAGCUCCGACUCGGAGGUCAGUUCAAUCCUACUCGAAAAGCGAAGUUCGCAUCCUAUUCUAACAAGGACAAACGAGAUUAGGAACUGGACAUUGUAAAUGUCGAUUUCGAAAUGUUUGAUCCACAGCCUGACCAUGACUUCCACGGCCUGAAGACACUUCUUCGACAGCUUUUUGACACUGAUAAUACCCUCUUCGACUUAUCUGCAUUGGCAGACCUGAUUCUUUCGCAGCCGCUAUUGGGAACUACCGUCAAGGUGGAUGGGAACGAGAGCGACCCCUACGCAUUCCUUACUGUUGUGAAUCUACAGGAACACAAGGUAAUUGGAUCUUUCCUCUAGCAACGUCAUUCGGUCUCCUCUGACAGCUACUCCCAGGAUAACCCAGUGGUCCAGGAUCUCAUUAAAUACGUCCUCGCGAGAUCGCAAUCGUCCUCAAAUCUUAAUAAGAAGCUCAAAGAGCUCCUCUCUGGUUCCGCUUCUUCGCACACGGGUUUAAUACUUACCGAGCGAUUGAUCAAUGUCCCUACCGAGAUUGUACCACCAAUGUACAAGAUGCUCUUGGAAGAAAUCAAUUGGGCACUCGAAGAGGUUAGACUUCUCUGCUCCUGCUCCCGCCAUGCUCUCCCUAGCAAUGUUGACGUUGCGUCCCAGAACGAACCAUAUAAUUUUAGUAACUUUCUAAUCCUAUCGAAAACCUAUACCGAGGUUCCUUCAAAAGUUGACGCUCUAGAAUCGCGCCCACAGAAGAAAGGAAAGAAGGGAUCCUCAAAAUCCAAAAACGAGCUCUUUUAUUUCCAUCCCGAAGACGAGACUAUUCAACGAGGCGGUGAACAUGCUAGUUUCAAAUAUGAAAAUCAAGGGGACCCCGGGGCUGCAGAUUCCAAGAGGGCUUUUUCGGAUUUCGGAAUCAUGCCACAGGUGAGCAAUGGGCCGAAGAUACGAUAAAGGGAAAAGGCACUGAUCGAUUUCAGGGACAUAUGAUAUUAGUCGGCAAGGACGAGUUGCCGAAGAUUGUGGAAGAUUUGGAGAAGCUUUUUACUCCUGGGACGUGAGCGCGGGGUAAUGUGUAUAAUAUUGCGGGUGUGGUAGUUAUUCAGCCAUUUCUUCAUGGCAUUUACAGCUCAUCCCAGACCCAAUCAUUGCGAUACUAGUUUUUUUCUUCCAGAUACUGUAGAUAGUCGGCAAAUAAAUAACUAGAAAGGAGGCAUUAACCUAU